AUGAGCGGCCCCAUCGAUACCAAGUCUUCGUAUCCUGUCGACUUCCACAUCACCGUCACGACCGCGGAGGACCGCAUGAAUGAUAUUGAGAACAUAUUGAUAGACGCUAUCCGCGGCGCAGGAUGUUCCUACGUACGGGACGUCAGAUGGAGCUCGAGGGCUCAGAGCGUGACUUUCAAGGUUCUGGACGCAAUGGAGCACUCUCAGGGGUCGGACAUGAUAUCAGCGUACCGAAAAGUCGUGGACAGUCUGCUGCAGAUACCGGCUUUUAAUACCGUGUCUACCGAAGCGUUCCAUUAUAAGUUUGUGUUUGAACGCAGAGUUGGGUCUGAAUGA